AUGUCGCCAUCACUCCUGCUGCUCGUGCUGCUCCUUGCAGCAACGGCGGCUGCCAGCACAGACGACAGCAGCGUGUCCGUGAUGCCAGGCUGCCAGCGGAGCUGUGGAGGCGUGGGUAUACCUUACCCGUUCGGCAUCGGCGAUGAGGCCUGCUUCCGCCAAGGGUUCGAGAUCCGCUGCAUGAACAACGGCAGUGCCGGCGGCGGUGAAAUUCCGGUGCUAGCGAGGACCAACCAGACCAUCCCAGUGCUGAGCCUGUCCGUGGCGCCAUUGCCAGAGGCCCGGGUGCUCCUGCCGGUGGCAUGGCAGUGCUUCAACUCCACCGGCGGCAGAACUGGGUUCUACCCCGGCAACGUCAACUUCAACGAGGCGGGCGUGUACCGCAUCUCCAACAUCUACAACGAGCUCUACGUGAUCGGCUGCAACACCUUGAUCUAUGUCAAGGGCGUGAAGAACCAGGGCGGCGCCAGCCGCUUCAACUACAAGUUCUACUCCGGAUGCGUGUCCGUCACCAACGACACUGAUGACCCCCAGGACGGUGCCUGUGCGGGCCUCGGCUGCUGCCACGUCGACAUCCCGCCAGGUCUCACGGACACCACCAUGAGCAUGUUCGGUGACGGCUACUGGUCGCACGCCGACCAGGAGUUCUGCCCCUGCGACUAUGCCUUCAUCGUGGAGAAGGGCAGCUACAACUUCUCAGCAUCCGACCUGACAACACACGUGCCGAGUAACCAGACCACGCCGCAGCGCGUGGACUGGAGCAUGCCGCUCCGCCUCGACUGGGCGAUCCGCGACAGCGACAGUGGCUCCAUCUCCUGCGCUCAGGCAGAUAGCAAGCCAGGGUAUGCCUGUCGUAGCAGCCACAGCGAGUGCGUCGACUCAACCAACGGCCCUGGGUACUUCUGCAACUGUACCAAAGGCUACGAGGGUAACCCCUACGUCGAUGGUGGAGGUGGAGGAUGCACUGAUGUCAAUGAAUGCGAACAUCCAGAAUUGAAUUCUUGUCCAAGUGGCAGCGAAUGCAUUGACACAGAAGGUAGCUACAAGUGUCGAUGCAAACUCGGUCGGAGAGGAAAGGAUUGUCGUCCCAUAUUUCCCGCCCCUGCUGCUGCAAUAUUAGCAACACUGGUCGCAAGCUCUUGUCUGGCACUCCUGCUCUGGUUCAUCUACAAGGAUAGGAAGCGGCGAAUAAAGAUAGCAUGCUUCGACAAAAACGGGGGUAUUAUACUGAAGGAAGCAGCUGCCAUCGUAAUAUUCACAGAAGUUCAGCUGAAGAAAAUAACUAACAACUACAGUACCCGCAUCGGAAAAGGUGCCUUCGGCACCGUAUUCUUAGGAACAAUCGACGACAAGCAGCGAGUUGCAGUUAAACGAUCUAAUGACGAAGACAACAAAGGAGAGGUCGAGGUCCAGUUCAGCAAGGGAUGA